UCUGCAAACCCCCCUCCUCUUCCCCACCCAACCCCCCUCCCUUCUCUCUCUCUCUACACAGAAAGAAAACGCGAGAAAAUUAAGUGCCCACCGAGAAAAUAAUCACCAGACAAAAUCCCCAAACUGCAAAAACCCUAGCUCAGAAAAAUACUCGGCGCCGAGAGAGAACCAAAGAGAAAAAGUCCGACAGUAAUAAUCGAUAGAUAUUUAUCUCCUGGGUCGAUCGAUCUAUACAAGGGAAAAUACGAAAAACGCCAUUUUUGUGGUUUCCGAUUAUCGAGCGAUUCGACAAGAAGAAAAAGAAGAAGAAGAAGAAAAAUGAGGAUCAGGAAGAACGCGAAGGUUUCGCCAGUUCUUAUGAUGUAUUCCUCCAGCUCGUCGCACGCUUCGGCUCCCGAGGGCGCUCUGCAGACUCACGUGUGCCAGCUCAACCAGUCUCCCUGGGAUGUGAUUCCUUUCUCCCAAUACUCUCUCCUGACUGAAGGCGACGAUUUUAAUAGCUGCUUCACGGGAAAUGGGAGCUUGGGCGAAUCCAUUGGAGCUGUCGAGAGCAGCGUGGCGUCGAUGAUGGAUAUUGGAGAAGACAACAAUCCGGCGAUGAAUAAUGGGGAGAACAACAAUGUAAUUAUCGUGGACGAAAAGUGCGCCCGCAAGAUUAAUAACAAUAAAAACGACAAUAAGAAAAAGGCUGUGAAGGUCGCGAACGACAACGGAAUGGGGAGGGGGAAUCUAAUAAUGGGGCUGUGCCAGAAAAACGACGGCAAAGGAUGGCAAUGCAAGAGGGAAGCCAAGGAAAACUACAAUUUCUGCGAGCACCAUUUGUCCCUUUUUAGGUCUUACAAUAACAGUAAUAGUACUGCUAACAACAACAACAACACCGUUGAUACUACUGCUUCUAAGCAGAAAUCCGCCGCGGCGACUCUCCGCCGCACCCGUGGCGCCUCCGCCGCCGCCACCGCCAAAAGACCGAGUUCGUCAAAUUCGAACCCUUACGAAUUCUACUAUUAUUCUGGAUUCGGGCCGCUGUGGGCAAGAAGGCGAGGCGAGAGAGGAGAUCACGGCGGCGGCGGAGGCGGAGGAGGAGGAGAUAGUGACAAAGCUGAGAUCAAGGCGGCGGUGGAGAAUAGUAAUUCGUCUGAGCGAAGCACUCCUCCGUUGUCUUCGACGACGACGACGACGACAUUGAAAAUCGAGAAUAAUCGGGAAUUUGAUUACGUCGAGGACGAGGAUGAAGACGAGGAGGACGACGUUGUAAGUGGGGAUAGCGGAAAGAAGCGGAUGCGGAAGCCGGUCAAGGCCCGGUCGCUGAAAUCCCUAAUGUAGAUCGAUUGCAGUCGAAAUUUAUUUUAUUUUAUUUUAUCUUAUUUU